AAGCUGCUCUAUUUAGCGGGGUGAUACGGAUCUGAUAAAGGCAUGCGUGGGAUGGAUGUUAGGUACAUGUUACCUCAGGUACCUCCAAAUGUACCGUCACUUACAUCCGACCCGAAGUCGGACUACCUGUAGCCUUUAUUAGCUUCCGUUUAACACUUCCGAUUUCCUGGAGGAGGUAACUUGUAAGAGAAAAGAAAGUAAGACAGAGGUACAAAUUUUAUGGUAAAUGCAGGCUUUGGUAGUAUACGAUUAUCGGAGUGACUCAGAUGAACUGAGAUACCUCCUAUAGGUAAUUAUAACAUUGUAGAAGCUAAGCCGAGCUAACGUGGUUUAAAUUCAAACAAUACCUCUACCAUCCUCCUCUAGACACUUGUCUACCUGUAUAUCAUCAUUUAUAUUUAAGCAUAACGUUGCCUAACAUUUUGUUUUUCCCAAACAACUUCGCGUUACAAAUAUAUCCAGUAAUCAUGGAGUCUAAACAUGCUUGGAAAGUAGAGCUUUUGCCUUGGGACCACUCAAGCCCAGAUCACGUACAGAGGAUGUACGACCAACGUGUCGCUUGCGGGUGGAGGGUUGAUGAAGUACCAUCGUGGAUAAAGGAUGCGCAGAAAGGUGGAAAGAUAUUUUACUGGGUUCUCCUUUCGGAUACACUCCCGGAUAGAGAAAAGGUACUUGAGCAGCACACUAGUGUCUACCCAAAGGAGGCAAGCCCAUUGAAGGAUACAGCAACAGAGAUUCGGCUCGUCCCGCGUGAGCCAACUAAAGUGGAGUUCAUCCCCAUUGGCCAUGUUGCUCUUGAUAUCCACGAACCCGAGAAGGACGUCAAACUCGGCUUUCCAGCUACCGGGACCGUGUGGGUUCAUCAGCUGUAUAUUUCGCGAGCGCUCCAUGGAGGUGGUUUUGGUGCCGGAGCUAUGUCCAAAAUCGAAGCACUAGCCACGCGAAGCCCAAUGAAUGCAAAAAUAAUAGCCUUAGAUACCCUAUCAAAGGAGAUGCAAACCGAACCAGAGAUACGUGACCUCUUGUAUGGAAAAGGAGGUAUUCCUUUGCCAGUGAUUUCCAAUGAAGACUGGUACAUCAGCCAGGGGUACGAGGUACAUCGACGACAGAAAAACGCAUGGACAUGGAGUCCGCGGGAAGGAAUUGAUGUGCCUGUAAACCUUGUGUAUAUGAAAAAGUCCGUUGCUUGAGAAAUCCUAGUUCUUGGAUAGGUUCAAGGGAAGUUAGAUAGAAAGACACCUUUUUUUCUUAGCCUCGACUUAGCCUCGAAAUAGAUGGUUGGUCUAAAGCCACGUAAAUGGACAUGAAAUCACUCCGCAGGCGUCUACCAUCUGAACCCGGUGCUUGCAUCGCAUAUAUAUAGAACGGGAGCAAUAGGAGUGGACACGCCCGUUGCCGCGAAGGAAUAUGA